AUGAGCGCUUCGAGGUUCAUAAAGUGUGUCACCGUCGGUGACGGAGCCGUCGGAAAAACAUGUAUGCUGAUCUCUUACACGAGCAACACUUUCCCUACGGACUAUGUACCAACCGUUUUCGACAACUUCAGUGCUAAUGUGGUUGUAGAUGGGAACACUGUGAAUCUUGGACUUUGGGAUACAGCUGGUCAAGAAGAUUAUAACAGGUUAAGACCAUUGAGUUACCGUGGUGCAGAUGUCUUUAUUCUUGCUUUCUCUCUUAUUAGCAAAGCUAGCUACGAGAAUAUAUCCAAAAAGUGGAUUCCUGAGCUCAGGCAUUAUGCUCCUGGUGUUCCUAUUAUCCUCGUUGGAACAAAACUUGAUCUUAGAGAUGACAAGCAGUUCUUCAUAGAUCAUCCUGGCGCAGUGCCGAUUAGUACUAACCAGGGAGAGGAACUAAAGAAACUGAUAGGAUCUCCGGCUUACAUUGAAUGCAGUUCAAAGACACAGCAGAACGUGAAGGCAGUGUUUGACGCAGCCAUAAAAGUGGUGCUUCAGCCACCCAAGCAAAAGAAGAAGAAAAAGAACAAGAAUGGUUGCGUUUUCUUGUGAUCUUCUUUACAGAAAACAAGAAGAAGAAUUAGUAAACAUUGUUUGGGUGAAUCUAAUGAGUGAAGUGUAGCAAAGGAUGAGUUCUUGUGGGUGUGUUGUUGUACUUUUGCUAUGUAAUGUAGACUAAUCUCUCAAUACAUUUUCUUUUGCCUGUGAACAGACGAAUUUAACUAAUCUUAUCAUCUAGAUCUUCU